GGCGGUGGCGGCUAAGGCCGAGGCUGAGCUGGAGAAGGCUGUGGAGAAGGCGGAGGUGCCCCAGGCGGGAACGGUGCCCUGCCGGGCCCCCUUUUAGGCCCCAUGGAGGCGGCGGCGGGUGGGGGCUGCGGCUCCGGACCGCCGCUGCUGCUGAGCGAGGGCGAGCAGCAGUGCUACUCCGAGCUCUUCGCGCGCUGCGCCGGCGCCGCAGGCGGGGGCCCAGGGUCCGGGCCCCCUGAGGCAGCCAGGGCCGCCCCCGGCGCGGCCACCGCAGCCGCGGGCCCCGUGGCAGACCUGUUUCGGGCAUCGCAGCUGCCUGCCGAGACCCUACACCAGAUCACAGAACUGUGCGGUGCCAAGCGGGUUGGUUAUUUUGGUCCAACACAGUUUUACGUUGCCUUGAAAUUAAUCGCUGCAGCACAGUCUGGCCUCCCUGUGAGGAUAGAGAGUAUUAAAUGUGAGUUGCCGCUGCCUCGCUUUAUGAUGUCGAAGACUGAUGCUGAGAUACGAUUUGGGAACCCAGCUGAGCUGCAUGGAACUAAGGUUCAGAUUCCAUAUUUAAUCACAGAAAAAAGUACCUUCAAAAGAAUGGACGAUGAGGAGAAACAGCAGGAAACGCAGUCUCCCGCGAUGUCACCCCUCGCAUCCCCUCCUUCUUCCCCGCCUCAUUACCAGAGGGUGCCCUUGAGCCAUGGCUACAGCAAACUGCGGAGCAGCACGGAACAGAUGCAUCCAGCUCCUUAUGAAGCUAGGCAGUCCCUUGUCCAGCCUGAGGGACCCUCGUCAGGUGGCCCAGGACCCAAACCCCCUCGACAUCAGGCUUCCCUUAUCCGGUCCUUUUCAGUGGAGAGAGAACUGCAGGACCACAGUAAUUACCCGGACGAACCCUGGAGGAUAACAGAAGAGCAGCGCGAGUACUAUGUCAACCAGUUCCGAUCCCUUCAGCCCGACCCGAGUUCCUUCAUUUCAGGUUCUGUGGCCAAGAACUUCUUCACCAAAUCAAAGCUUUCCAUUCCAGAACUCUCCUAUAUAUGGGAACUUAGUGAUGCUGACUGCGAUGGAGCCCUGACCCUGCCUGAGUUUUGUGCUGCGUUUCAUCUCAUUGUGGCCCGGAAGAAUGGCUACCCACUGCCUGAGGGCCUGCCUCCAACUCUGCAGCCGGAGUACCUGCAAGCAGCCUUUCCUAAGCCCAAGUGGGAAUGUACGUUGUUUGAUUCUUAUUCGGAGUCAAUGCCAGCAAACCAACAACCCCGUGACUUGAAUCGGAUGGAGAAGCUGUCUGUUAAAGAUAUGGCUGACUUUCCUGCCCCUACCCAAGAUGUGACCGGUGAUGACAAACAAGCUUUGACAAGUGCUACAGAUGAAGCCUUACCGAAGGACAUUUCUGAGGAUUCAGCCACUCCUAAGGAUUCCAACAGUCUCAAAGCAAGACCAAGAUCCAGAUCUUAUUCUAGCACCUCCAUAGAAGAGGCCAUGAAAAGGGGCGAGGACCCUCCCACCCCGCCACCGCGGCCACAGAAAACCCAUUCCAGAGCCUCCUCCUUGGAUCUGAAUAAAGUCUUCCAGCCCAGUGUGCCAGCUUCUAAGUCAGGAUUGUUACCUCCACCACCUGCACUCCCUCCAAGACCUUGUCCAUCACAGUCUGAACCAGCAUCUGAGGCCGAGUUACACUCACAGCUGAACAGAGCCCCCUCUCAAGCUGCAGAAAGUAGUCCAACAAAGAAGGACAUACCAUACUCUCAGCCCCCAUCAAAGCCCAUCCGCAGGAAAUUCCGACCUGAAAAUCAAGCUACAGAAAGCCAAGAACCUUCUACCACUGUGGGCGGGCCAGCUUCUGUAGCAACUGUGAAACCCCAUCCAGCAGUCCAAAAACAGUCUUCUAAACAGAAGAAGGCUAUUCAAACUGCUAUCCGCAAAAAUAAAGAGGCAAAUGCAGUGCUGGCCCGCUUGAACAGUGAACUCCAACAGCAGCUCAAGGAGGUUCAUCAAGAACGGAUUGCAUUGGAAAACCAAUUGGAACAACUUCGUCCAGUCACUGUGUUGUGACCUCCAAGAUUCAAGUAACAGUGGGUGACCUUUUCUGCCAAGAGCUUUCCUUUGAAUAUUUCAACCCAACUACUUGUCAUAGAUAUCUGAGACUGUGUCAAAACCUGUGAGCGGCGGAAUAUAAUCUGUAUCACCUUUUCUCUUGUACUUCAUGUGUACAUUUUACUCUGAUGGAAAAAAAUACAGCUGAUUAUCACACUUGAAAUUGUAAUUAUCAGUGGAAUUUAUCUCCCAUCCUUAAGUACUUCUUCGAGGUGUUAGAUGUUACUCCUCACCAAAAACCAAUCUUCUAGCAAAUCAAAACAAUUUAGAGCAUUAUUUAUUUAAAGAAUUUAUGAUUUGUACAAAACCUUAUAAUCCAGUACCUUCAGGAUGCGUGUUUUAUUUUUGUAUUUAUGUCAUAUACAGUAGGUUGAUUUCCUGAAUAAUUGCGAUUCUAACUGGAUAGUCUUUGGCAUGAUGUUAAUAAAAACAAAAACUAGAAUAGAACAAAAGCAUCAGAUUAAGACUGGCACUGUGCCCUCCACCACUAUAUGCCAAAAAUUGCUUCUCUAGUGCCAUCUCGAUAUUAUAUCUAGCUAUAAAUAAUACAUGACUAUUGUUUUCUGUUGAAUGGCAAAGACUUAUUCAGCCUUUACACCUCUGUAAAGCAGUAGUUUUGUCCAUGAUCUAUUUAACUUGGCCCAGCUCGGCCGUCAACCCAGAUAACUCAGCCCUUUCAUGUAAAAUUUUGGGCAAGAGCAAUUUGGCCUCACUGCCUUGCCCGAUCAAAUUAAAUAAACAGUUGCCAGAUCUCUACUUUUGUCCUGCAUGGGUUAACAUAUCUGUAAAUGCAUGAAUUUGAAACUACCCAUCAAAUAUGAAAGGCUAAGGCUAAGGAACUGAUAAAUAUUUGUUGUUUGAACCCAGGUAUUCAAACUAGGGAAGAAGGGCAAAUGGUUGUUACCAGCAAUCCAACAAUCUCUGGUAGUUAUUUUUGUCUUUGUUAUUUUAACCUGGAUUGUGAGUGUAUUGGAUAUGAAGAAAUAAUGAAGGAAAGCCGAUCCUCACACUGGGUGUAGGACUAGUUUGUUCUCUGUGAAGGUCCCCUUGGGAAGUGAUCAGUUGAUGUGCAGUCCAGGGAGCCCAGCCGACUGCAGUGUAAGUGAUGUAAAGCAGUCAGCUCAAAUUGCAGAAGCCAGUAUUCGAUAGAAAUUUACAUAGGUGCUGCUUGUCCUGAAAGCCCUGACCCUCACAGUGAUCAGGCCUGCCGGCUUUCACAUCACUUCAAGAGACCGAUGGCAGGAAAUGCUGUCUCUCGUGCAUUUUGCUAAUUUACUCGUUCUUAGGAUCAAGGGGUGGGGUGUGCCUAGGGUCCUCUCUGAAGUGGUUUAGGGUAGUUUUGCAGUAUGUAGGAUUAAGCCUUUGAUUUCAAUAAAGUCAACUGCUUUUUGAAAAAGUAGGCAUUUAUUUAAUGCUUCCUUAUUCCAUUGGCAAGCUUUAUCAAUAGCUUAAUGGCAGGAGAGGCUCAAACAUGAUGUGUUUCUAAAGAAAAACAAGUUGUUGAUUCCGGUCUAAUAAGGGAUUUUGAAUUGCUUUGAUUUUGAAAAUCACAAACCUUGAACUCUUUCUCUAGCCCCUCUUUCCUGCCCUUUUGGCAGCCUUUUUUUUUUAUCUCUGUGGAAAGGGUUCAGAGUUAGUGUAAACCCUUCCAAAGAUUGUGAAUGGGUGAGUGCACAUUUUUUAGGUAACCUCUUUUUGCAUGUUCCGAGAUCUGGGGGCUGCAGCACAUUUUAUCAGCAGUGUCCUUGUCGCAGACAUUUCACAUCAUGUUUGCCUUUUGUUCCAUUCAGUCCAAGAAAGACAAGCAUGUGCACUUUAUCUCCUGAUCUGCCAGUACAUAUGCACACACUCGAGAUAGCACUUCAUAGCCAUUAAGCAGACAUAUAAACUAAAGAAUGUUAGUCUGUGUUAUGCAUUUAAAAAAUAUUGACAUGUUUUUUUCCCCAUCAAGUCACGACCAGAGUGAGCCAAAUUAGGAGGCUGGGGUUUUGUUUAGUUGGCUUGGUUUUCAUUAAACGAAAAAACAUGCAUUGGACAAUCAAAGUCUCAUGAGUUGUGUAGUCUCACCAAUAUUUUAAGAUAGGGAUUGCAUUAAAGUGCACACCAGUAAUAUCCACACCCGACCUUCCUGACUAGACUUAACAGUGACCACAGGUUCUUAGUUGCCCAGAUGUGGAUUUUAAAACAAACCAAUUAAAUACACACACACACACACACACACGGUUAUUAUUACCUAACUAGUCCUCCUCAUCUACUUCUGUUCUCUUAGGAUGUUUACUUUUAAUUUAGGAUUAUACUCCUGGUAAUAUUUCUGUGAGUCUUUAAUGUGAUUUCUCAGAAGGCUGGUUAUUGAUAUCACCAUUAUAUCAUUUCUACAAAACUACUCAAAAAUAAGACUUGCGUAUUGGGCAGAAUUCUGUGGACAGAAAGUUGAUGUUGCCCCACCUGUGGGGGUUUAAUAACCUUAUGUUAAGUGGUUUUCCCCCUUGGGAGUUCCAUAGUCCCAAGGAUGAAAGCACAGUGGGCGUAGAUAGCCGGUUUACUGGGCACCUCGGUGUCUCUGGUGGGUGGCAUACUACCUUCACUACCCCCCUCUCCAGCAGACGUGAAGCAAAACCCAAAGGUCGAUAUCUGGAAUGGAGGCGUGCGUUGUAUUCAAGGCAGACCUUUGCCUUAGUUGGAAGGAUCUGGCUGCUUUACAAAUAUUAGAGAAGUGCUUUGGGUCUCACUGGGAGAAGACGCAUCGUAGCUGCAGGCUAUGCCCAUUUUACUAUCAUUGGACAAUAGGAUGUCACUGGUGAGAGGACCUGUUCCUAUACCUGCAGUUGCUUGUGGGGAGACUAGGGUCCUAAGAAACCACAGUUCCUAGCCCAAGAAUCCAUAGAAGGAGGUAGCUAGUGGCAGAGUUGGGAUUUUUCGGAUUCUAAGUUGAGUUCUCUAGCCUCUAGCAUUACUAAAAAAUAGAUUAGAAGGGUUUCAUCUCUUUACCAUGUUGACUUUUACUUACUUAAUUAAUCAGUCUUAAAAUAUGAAAAUAUGUUUUAAUGAGUUUUAGAGCUAGAUCUUUCUCUUGGAUUGAGACAAAAAAAUAAAAUCUGAAGGGAAAGAGUAUGAUUGAACUAUUCGUUCUCCUGAACACCUCGCCUUUCAUGAUGCAAUAAAUUACCCUGAGUUUCUUGGCAGAACUUUUGACAGCUGUUGCUUUGAAUGGAUUCCAUUCCUGUAUUCCUUGUGGGAGUUUGUUUUUAAAAUAGACUACUGUGAUUGAAAUGAUCUCAAUAUGUAGUAAGUUAUAGUUUUCUUCAGUAUAUAUUGGGUUACUUGGGUUGCAGGUAUUCAAUUUCAGCAUAGUUUAGGGUGAGUAAUCAAAAACAUGAAUUUUUCUUUGAUUUCCUAGUAAUGUCUGAACUAUCAUAAAGCAUUCUCUUCAUCUGCGACCUGAUUCUAGUCUGUUUCUAAAUGAUUUGUCUCUUUCUUAAAUGAACUCACAACCAUGAUAAUGAUAGAUGUGUACUCAGAAGAUCAAUAAGAAAAUAAUCUGGAAUGGAUGUUUUUCUUGCAAUUAAGACAGGCAUUUGCAAAUGUAGUAGUUGGAAAGAUCUCAGUUUCAGUGUAACACCUUAGAGCUAAAAACAUUUGUUCUACACAAAUUAGAAUCACACCUCCUGACAAGAUAUCACCAAGGGGAUGUGAUUUUUUAAAUAUUUUUAAAAGAAUUAGAAGUAUCAUAGCAACCAGAUCUUCCCAUAUUACUGACAAGUAGGGCUCUGUUGUGGUUUGAACAUUAUCUGUGUGAACAUAGUGGAAUUUUAGUUGCGAGGUCUUUUUCUCUUCUAGUUUAUAUAGAAUGCUAGUAACUUUGGUUUCUGUUUCCAACUGGUUUACUCUGUUUCAAGUGUCCUCUUUUAAGACUGAUUUCAAAGGCUCACUUGAAUCGACACUUUAGUUACGGGUGCUUUGUUGGUUCUUUGCCUCAUGACUCAGUGUGGGUGAUGUUCCUGGUAAGAGGUGGGGCUGUAGGCUUUGGGAGUCCCGAGGUGGCGUAUCUUGCUUCCCCUCUGGCUAAGGCUAAGAGAGACUGCCCACCAAUGUCAACAGCUCAGCCAUUGGUGGCAGUUUCUGUGAGCCUUACUCUCCGAGCCACCCAGCUUUGCUUGGUUGCGGUGAGAAAUGCAGCUAGAUGACCCUCCCGAGAGCAACUGGAAGAACAGCAGUCAUGGAGGGCCAGGCUUUAAAAGCAACACAAGCAGAUUCUUAGCUGCUUCCCCCACCACCCUACAAAGUAGGCUUUCAAAGGUCGCCUUACCAAGCGUUCCCCGAAACAGCCAGUCCGUUACUGUGAACAAGACAUCCCAGAUGCACGGUUGCUUUUAGGCUUGUCCAGUUAUUUUCUACGCUUACGAACACGUGGUGAUAAAGGAACCUUUCCAAAAGGCAUUACAGGGUCUUGAUUGACAGGACUUGUUCUAGUUACAGAAGCCUUGCUCUGCUUUCAACACUUGGGCAGUGUUUAUUUUCUGUUUUGUGGGUUCUCCUGUCUUGCUCUAAGCUAAAUUCACGACCGUGGGAGGUUGGAGAAAGUGGUUUAUAAUCCUGAAGACCAGAGGACCCUGGGCUGCCGGAAGAGGGCUUGAAUCGGAACUUGAGGGCUGCAGUAGGGAAACUUCUGGUCCCAGUUCCAUCGUGAAGCAGUCUUUUGGGCAACAGGACUGGGUCCGAAAGCUCCUUCAGGGAGCUUGGCCUUGGGAACGGAACAGGUCAUGCAGUUGUAUGGAGAUUGGAUCCACUGAGUUGUGUUGUUUCUGUUGUUUUAAGACAACUUGAGUGAGGGCUUCAACUGCAGCCGGGUGGGAAGCGGGUGUGCCCUUUUCUUUAGCACUGCCAUUCCCUCUGUCUUCAGCACAAAUACAACGUUCCAGUGAGCGAGAGAUGGGAGGAACCAUCUUAGUCUUCGUAGCCGUGGGCCCGGAGAGAUAAUGAGCUGACUGAUGGUCUAUUUUAACCUUGAAAGUAAAAAUGUGUAUUUUUUCACUACAGGUACAUUGAACAGUAAAAUGAGUAGCAGCAAAGUAUAUAUUUGAUGCCUUCUGUCUUUUCAUGAUAAUUUACUCAGCCAGAGUCUCAUUCAUUUGCUAAGCAUUGGGAACUCUAUGUAUAUUGAUCUUAGACAUAAAUAAAUAUAGGGUGUCCUAUAUUUGGAUUGUGACUUGUAGACUCAAGCUAACCUUACUGCCUCUCUUUCACACUUGUUGGAAAGUCUGUGGAGAACAUAGUAGGUCAAGAAUCUCCAACCUUGAAAAAUGUACAUGCUGUGAAACUGGGGUGCUGUGUUACAAAAUAAAUGUGUGAUAACUAAGUGUG